AUGGCGGAGCAGCAAAAGCAGAAAGACAUCUGGUCAGCCGACCUUUACGGCGAAAAGGUGGCUCCAUUUGUUGCAACUUCGACUGAGAAGGUACUUGCCUGGUUGGACCCGAAACCAACAGGGAUCGACGGCUCACCCAACAUGAUCGAGCACUUCAAAAAGGCCUACCCACAUAUCGAGUCGAGGGUUGUCGAUUGCAGAUGGUUAGAUCAAGAGCCCGGCCUUACAAACGGGAGUUUCAACAAAGUAUUUUCGAACGCUGCCUUGCAUUGGAUUCUGAGAGACCCCGAAACCAGGUCAAAUACUAUAAAGGGCUGCUUCAAGGCUCUCAAACCAGGUGGUCUUCUGGUCAAUGAGUCCGGUGCGCUGGGAAAUGUUGCCGAGGUCCACUCCGCAAUUAUAAGUGGAUUAGUCACUCAAGGUAUCCCUGUCACGCAGGCGCGAAAAGCAUCACCUUGGUGGUUCCCAUCGCUGCAGGCCAUGAAGGACCUUGUUGAAGGAGCGGGUUUUACCUGGGUCAAGGGCGAGGUCCAACUGAGACAGACAACUUUGACUGAGAACGAGAAGGGUGGCGUCGAAGGAUGGAUUCGUCUUUUUGGUGAGCCCUUUCUUGAACUCCUUCCGACGACUCAAGCACGCGACGCAGCUAUCAAACAUGCCGUUGAUGUCCUCGAGGCUGUUGGAAGACAGCAACACGAUGGUUCUUUUACAGUAAACUACAUUCGCCUUCGCUUCGUUGCCCAGAAACCUGAGUGA